AUGCCGUUGCGGUGGGUGCUGUGUCUGACGCUGCUGGCGGCCGCCGCCGCCCAGCUGGCGGAUGUCGACGGCGCUGCCGAGGGCGGCGCGGCCCCGGCGCCGGCCGACGGGCCGCCGUACACGGUGGAGGCGGGCCCCUCCGCCGAGGAGACCCUGCUGAAGGUACAGACCCUGCUGACCGUGCUGGAGCCGCAGAAUACCGAGCGGUGUAACCUGCUCGCCACCGCCGAGUGGAACUACGCCGCCAACAUCACCCAACUCACCGAGCAGAUGCUGAUGGCGGCCCACCACUCGCACGCCCAGUUCGUCAAUGCCAGGUGGUCUGAGCUCAAGGGGUACGACCGGGAGCAGAUCAAGGACGAGAGCGUGCGGCGCCAGCUGCAGAUACUCUCCCAACGAGGCGCGGCCGCGCUGCCGGAUCCCAAGCUCGAGGAGUAUGAACGCAUUGAAAAGAACAUGCAAAAGGCGUACAAUGAAGCGACGAUUUGCGACAAAACGCAAGAAAAUUGCAAAUUACGCCUUGAACCAGACCUGAAGCAGCUGAUGGCGACCGAGAGGGACCCGAAGGAGCUGGCUCGUGCCUGGACCAGCUGGAGAGACAGCGCCGGCAAGCCGCUGCGGCAGGACUACCUCACGCUCGUCCAGCUGCACAACGAGGCGGCGAAGCUCAACGGGUUCGCCGACGGCACCGGACUGUGGCUGUCGGCGUACGGCACGCCCGACUUCCAGUCCCAGAUCGCUCGGCUCUGGGAUCAGCUGACGCCGCUGUACGAGCAGCUGCACGCGUUUGUGCGCGGCCGGCUGCGUCAGGAGUACGGCGAGGACGUGGUCAGCCAGGACGGCCCCAUCCCGGCGCAUCUGCUCGGCGACAUGUGGUCCGAGAACUGGAGGCAUUUGCUGGACAUCUGCAAGCCGUACCCGAAGAAGACAGACGCCGACGUCACGCCACAGAUGGAGGCACAGGGCUACACGGCCAUGAAGAUGUUCCAAACGGCCGAGACGUUCGUCACCUCCAUGGGCCUGCAGUCGGUGCCGCCGGAGUUCUGGAACCGCUCGGCCCUGGAGCGGUCAGGCGACGGACGACAGGAGGACUGCCAGCCCUCCAGCUGGGACUUCUGCGACGGGCAGGAUCUCAGGGUAAAACAGUGCACGAACAUCACGAUGGCGGAUCUGCUGGAGGCCCACAAGCAGAUGGGCAGGACCCAGUACGCUCAGCAGUACAAGCAGCAGCCGCAGGUGUUCAGGGCACCAGCAAACCCCGGCUUUGCGGACGCAGUCGGCGAUACCUUGGCGCUGUCAGUGGUCACGCCCAAGCACCUGCAUGACCUCGGUCUUCUGCAUGAGUCUGUCGAUGACCCGGAGGUGAACAUGAACGUGCUGAUGGCGACGGCGCUGGAGAAGAUGGCGCGGCUGCCGUUUGGCUACCUAAUGGACAAGUGGCGCUGGGGAGUGUUCUCUGGUGAGAUCGGCGCCGACCAGCUCAACUGCGAGUGGUGGCGACUGCGGCAGGAGCUGCAGGGCGUGCGGCCGCCGAAGCAGCGCGCCGAGGCCAACUUCGACCCGGCCGCCAGCGAGGCCGUGGUCGCCAACAAGCCCUACAUCAGGCACUUUGUCUCGCUGGUGCUGCAGUUCCAGCUGCACCAGGCGCUGUGCGAGGCUGCCGGUCAGUUCGACGCGUCCGACCGGGCUCGGCCCCUGCACCGCUGCGACAUCUCCGGCAGCAAGGAGGCCGGCGGCAAGCUGGCAGCGAUGAUGAGUCUGGGGCGCUCGGAGCCGUGGCCGGACGCACUCGAAGUCAUCACGGGUCAGCGCGAGAUGGACGCCACAGCGCUGCGGGACUACUUCCAGCCGCUGGAAGACUGGCUACGGCGUGAGAACCAAGAGACGCGCGAGCACAUCGGCUGGAAGAGCGAGGAGUCCGCUUGUGUGCGUGACCCUUCAGCACCCUUGCCGACACCAGAGCCAGAGCCGGAGCCGGAGCCGGAGCCGGAGCCAGAGCCGGAGCCAGAGCCGGCGGGAGGGAGCUCCUCGCACGACCACGCGCACACGCACGGCGAUGGCCAGGCCGAGCACAAUCACCCCCACCCCCAUGACCAGGGCCACGACCUGGGCCCGAGUCACGCUCACGACGACCACGAUCACGACCACGGUCACGACCACGAUCACGACCACGAUCACGAUCACGAUCACGAUCACGGCCACGGCCAUGAUCACGACCACGACCACGGCGUGGAGGGCAAGCUGUCCGGACAGGACGCUGAUGGCGGUGAUGAUGACGACAGCGGGUCCCCGGGCGUCGGUGGCGGCCUGCCCACAUUGACGUCACUGGCUCUGCUGGCAGCCGCCUUGCUCGCGCUCGUCUGA